AUGAAAAUAAAUAAAUUAUUAGUGCCUAUGGUGGCAUUAUCUGUAGCAUAUAAUUAUCCUAAUAGUCAAGUAGAAGCAGUUACUCCAUGUGUUCAAGGUUGUAUUGCAGUACAAGCCACAGGAGCAAAAGCAUGUACUAUGGUAACAGUUUAUAAUCCUAUUGUUUACGCCGGUUGCAUGCUUACCGAAAAUUUGGAGUAUGUUUCUAUUAGUGAUCCAAGAAUAAACAAAGUUAGAGAGUUUGGUUGGAAUAGUUAUGUCUGUGAAAUUUAUUUUUCAUAUACAAAGCAUUCCUAUCCUCCAAUUUACGGGACUAAUCCCAUUGAACCUCUUUGUCUCGCUUUGGAAAUUGUGAAAAAUAAUUUAAAAGGUCUUGUUGCUGCUGAUUAUGUCAUUAGCGAAGUAGAAAGUAAGGAGAUUUGA